AUGCUGUCUGGUUUCUGGUUCUUCUCCAAGCACAUCGGCCCUGCAUUGAUGUCCUUGCCCCGUGUGCUACACAGGUGCACUGUCCCACAGUGUUUGGCCUCCAGGUAUCCUUUACUACCCGCCUCCCCUCGACGUCUGCUGGCCUCGGUGGCCUCCUCCCAGGGCUCUGAUGGAACUGCCAGGGUGCGCCACAACUUUCACCCAGACUCUGAGGCAGCCAUCAACCACCAAAUCAACAUGGAGCUUUACGCAUCCUACGUGUACCUGUCCAUGGCCUACUACUUCUCCAGGGAUGAUGUGGCCUUGUACAACUUCUCCAAGUCUUUCCUUCGCCAGUCGCUGGAGGAGAGGGAGCAUGCAGAGAAGCUAAUGAAGCUGCAGAACCAACGCGGAGGCCGGAUCUGCCUCCAGGAUAUCAAGAAGCCAGAGCAAGAUGACUGGGAGAGCGGACUGCGGGCCAUGGAAUGUGCUCUGCUCCUGGAAAAGAGUGUAAACCAGUCGCUGCUGGACCUGCAUACUCUGGCCUCAGAAAAAGGAGAUCCUCAUUUGUGCGACUUUCUGGAAACACACUACCUGAAUGAGCAGGUGAAGUCUAUCAAAGAAUUAGGUGACCACGUGCACAACUUAGUCACCAUGGGGGCUCCAGCUGUUGGCCUAGCGGAGUACCUUUUUGACAAGCACACCCUUGGAAGUGAGAGCAAGCACUAA